AUGAAUAGAGCAGUUACAACAGUUGUUAGCAAUGAGGUAUCUGGUGCAACCUUUUCAUUCUAUACCUCUGAGCAAAUCAGAAAGAUCUCUGUCAAACAAAUCACAGAGCCAGAUGCAUUUGACAUUAUUGGUAAUUGUGUCUCUGGAGGUCUAUAUGAUGCCGCUCUCGGUCCAUUCGAACCACCUGAUCUUUGCGUAACAUGUGGAGAUCAUUAUUUAAGAUGUCCAGGUCAUUUUGGUCACAUCGAACUUAGUUUACCAGUUUACAACCCUGUAUUAUUCCCAACAAUGAUCAAGAUCUUCCAAAAUACUUGUCUUGAAUGUCAUACCUUUAAACAUGGAAAGAUAGUCAUUAAUGAAUUUAUAGAAGAACUUAAAGUAUUAUAUACAGGAGAUGUUGUAAAGGCAAGAGAUUUGAGAGAGAGACAUUUGACUAGAAGAGCUGCCGGUCAAAAGAAGAUUGACGGUUUGGAAGAUUUACGUGCUGACGACAGUGACGACGACGAUAACAACAACAACCACCGUGCUCCAAUGGAUGUUGAUAAGAGUGGUGAUGACAGCGAAUACAAAAACUAUCGUGUCGACGAAGAGAUCGAAGGUCCAAUUGUGAAUCGUGAAAAGUCACAACACUUUGAAUCGAUGCGUCGUGAUAUAUUGAGAGAGUUUGUCAAGAUUGCAUCGUCGGCCACUUGUAGAUGUGCCAACUGCGGUGCAUUCUCACCAGCCAUCCGUAACGGUGAGCCUAGCAAGUCCAAGAUGUUUAUCAUGCCGUUGGGCAAGGAACAGUUCAAGUCAAACAAGACCAACAAGAAGAAAACCAACUUCUCGUCGGUCUCGGAGGAGAGCAUCCACGGCACAUGGUACUCACCAUGGGAAUUGCAACGUCAACUCAAGAAAUUGUUCAAAAAGGAAAAGGAGGUGUUGGAUCUGUUGUUUGGCGAGGUGCGUCCCACCGGCGCCGUCGACCCGGUCACCAAGAAACGUGUGUUUGGCCGUGAGUCGUCGAUCGACUCGUUCUUUUUGACUGCGUUCCCCGUGUUGCCGUCGAGAGCACGUCCACCCAACUUUAUGAACAACCGUCGGUCCGAGUCGACCAUGAACAACCAUUACCGCGGCAUCGUCACGCAUAACCGCAUGAUCACGAAGCUGCUCGACGCCAAGGAGGACGAGAGCGCCAAAUCGAUGGUGACCAACGUCUGCGAGCUGCAGAUGCACAUCAACAACAUGUACGACAACAGCAAGGCACAAAAGACAAGCCGUUCGGUGCUGGCCGCCGGUGUCAAGCAGAUCCUCGAGAAAAAGGAGGGUCUGUUCCGUAAGCAUAUGAUGGGCAAGCGUGUCAACUAUGCCGCGCGUACGGUUAUUUCGCCCGAUAUCUCGCUCGAGACCAACGAGAUGGGUGUGCCCCAGUACUUUGCCCGCACGCUCACCUUCCCGCAACCCGUCACCCACUUUAACUACCAGCAGAUGGCACAGGCCGUCAUCAACGGGCCCGACAACUACCCAGGCGCCAACUACAUCGAAGACGAGGACGGCUUCUACAUCAACCUCGCCAAAGAGACCCACGAGAACCGUGUUGCACUCUCCAAGACGUUGCUGACCAUCAAGCCAACCAGCCCACACGGCACCACGAAAAAGGUGUACCGUCAUCUGUUGACGGGCGACUUUGUGCUCGCCAAUCGUCAGCCAACCCUCCACAAGCCAGGUAUCAUGGGUCAUCGUGUCAAGGUACUCGGCAAGCAAGAAAAGACAUUACGUAUGCAUUAUUGCAACUGUUCGACAUACAAUGCCGAUUUUGACGGUGAUGAGAUGAACAUUCAUUUCCCACAAAGUUUCCAUGCCGCCGCUGAAAUCCGUGAGAUUGCCGCCAACAACUUCCAAUAUCUCGGACCUAGAGCCGGUGUCCCCUUGCGUGGUCUCAUCCAAGAUCAUAUCUUGACGGGUGUCCUGUUGACCAAGCGAGACACACUCUUUACCCGCGCUCAAUUCCAAGCUAUCCUCUAUGCGUCGUUGUGGGGUAUUAACCGCGACCACCCAAUCGUCACCCCGCAGCCAGCCAUCCUCAAGCCCGUCCCCCAAUGGACCGGCAAGCAGCUCAUCUCGGCCGCACUCAACCAUCUCACCAUCGGCCGUGUUCCACUCACCCUCGAGUCACCCUCCAAGAUUCCCACCAAGUUGUGGGGCAAGCAUGGUUUGGAUGUCACCCGUGACAGUCACGUCAUCAUCCGUCAAAAUGAAAUGGUCGCAGGUAUCCUUGACAAGGGACAGUUUGGUGCCUCUGGCAACGGUCUCGUACACACUUGCUACGAAAUGUAUGACCCCAACACUGCUGGCUCUCUCUUGACAUUGCUCGGACGUAUGUUUACCUUUUACUUGUCGACUCGCGGGUUCACCUGUAGUGUCGAGGAUCUCCUCAUCAACGCCAAGGAGGAAGACUACCGUCGUAACGAGCUCGCCAAGGCCAACGAAGAGGGUCUCGACGUUGCUGCCAAGUUUGUCGGUCAACGCAAAUACGAUAAGCUCGAGACGGCCCGUUUGAUGAACGUCAACCUUCGUGAAGAGCGUGAGGUUGGUCGUUUGGACGGUAUGCUCAAAAAGGCAUUGAACCAGUACACAUCCAAGAUCAUUGAUACCCUCAUCCCAGGCGGUCAACGUAAGCCAUUCCCCGAAAACAACUUCUCGCUCAUGACAGUGUCUGGAGCUAAGGGUUCCGUCGUCAACUUUUCGCAAGUCUCUUGUUUGCUCGGUCAGCAAGAGUUGGAGGGCAAGCGUGUGCCUCGUAUGGUGUCUGGAAAGACGCUCCCCGCAUUCGAGCCAUUCGAUCCCAGUGCCCGUGCCGGUGGUUUCAUUAUGGACCGUUUCUUAACGGGUGUCCGUCCCCAAGACUACUUUUUCCAUUGUAUGGCCGGUCGUGAAGGUCUCAUUGAUACGGCUGUCAAGACUGCCCGUUCUGGGUACUUGCAACGUUGUAUCAUCAAGCAUUUGGAAGGUAUCACUGUGCAGUACGAUAAUACUGUGCGCGAUGCCGACGGAUCGGUCAUCCAGUUCAACUAUGGUGAGGAUUCACUCGAGAUUACCAAGCGUCAAUACCUCACCAACUUUACAGUGGCCGCUGAAAACUACGAGCUUCUCAAGAGCCAAUUUGCAUAUGAUGAGCUCGUUCCAGCCAUGCGCAACGUCAAGGUCUCGGAAUACAACGACAAGUUGCACACACAACUCGCCGAAAAGAAGGCUGGCACGUUGGGCAAGACCGCUCAGUUGCUCGACCCCGUCAUGGCCAAGUUCAACCCCGCCGCCGACCUUGGAUGCGUGUCUGAGGCAUUCAUGACCGACCUCAACAAGUAUAUCGAUGCCAAUCCACAAGGAUUGAUCCAGACGGCCAAGAACAAAAAGGGUAAGAUCCCCGAAAAGGAUUUCCGUAACCUCAUGUUCCUCUACUACAACCGUAGCAUGGUGUCGCCGGGUGAGAGUGUCGGUUUGUUGUGCGCACAAUCUAUUGGAGAGCCAUCGACACAGAUGACACUCAACACAUUCCAUUUGGCCGGUCGUGGUGAAGCCAACGUCACUUUGGGUAUCCCACGUCUUCGUGAGAUUAUCAUGACUGCCUCGCAAAACCCCAGCACCCCGUUGAUGGAGUUACAAAUAUCCGACCCAACCGACAAGGCCGCCACCGAAGCCAUGGCCAAGAAACUCGAAUGGCUCAAGAUGAACGAUAUUAUCGAGGGUGUCUCGGUCGUCGAAUACUACACUGACCGCGAGCGUCACUACGAUAUCAAGAUCACAUUUGUCGCCAACCUCGAAGAGAUCAUGCAGACCAAGUCCAUCAGCAAAGACUAUAUGUUCAAGACACUCGAACGUUUCAUCAAGGAGGUCAAGUCACGUGCCGCACGUUCUGGCAAAAAGACCAACGCCGGCGCCGAUAUUGGACGUGGCAAGAAAUCUAAAAAUUCAGAUGACCGUGACGACGAGAUUGACAUGGGUGACGACGACUCUGCCGACAAGGCUGAUGACUCCUCUGCCGCUGACAAGAACGACGAUGCUGCCGACGACCAAUCCUCCUCCUCCAACGGAAAGAAGAAAUCAUCCAAGAAACCAGUCUCAACCGUCACCAUGGAUACUGACAGUGUUGACUCUAAAAAGAAAAAUAACAAAACUCAAAAGGUUAGCUAUGAUGAUGAUGAUGAAAAUAACAACAAAAAUGACGAAGAUGAUGAAGAUGAAGAAGAUGAACAAGAAGAAAAGAAAAAAGAUGAAGAAUCUGAAGAAUCUCAAAAUGAAGAAUCUGAACAAGAAGAUGAUGAAUCAGAAGAAGAGGAAUCAGAGGAAUCAGAUAAAUCAUCCAACAAGAAAUCAUCAACAUCAGUCAAAUCAAAUCUAAGCAAAUUUAAUCCAAAGAAAGAAUUUUCAUUUAUCGUUGGCGUCAAAUCAGAUAGUAAAAAGGUAUUAAUGUUAAACAUUAUCGAAGAUGUUGCAUUCAAGUUUAUCAUUAAGAGUUGCAAGGGUAUCUCUAGAUGUUUCAUCAAUGAAAAGACUGUUGGUGGCAAGACCGAGUAUUCCAUCCAAACUGAAGGUAUCAACUUGAUCGAGCUGUUUGAGAUGCAAGACCACCUCCAACUCAACCGUAUGUACACCAAUGACAUUGGAUCGAUCCUCAAUCGUUAUGGUGUCGAAGCCUGCAAGAGUGCCAUUGUCUCUGAAAUCUCCAACGUCUUUGGUGCCUAUGGUAUCACUGUCGACAAGCGUCAUCUCACCCUCCUCGCCGACUAUAUGACCUAUGACGGUGGGUUCCGUCCACUCAAUCGUAUCGGUCUCGAAAAUAACACUUCACCACUCCAAAAAAUGUCCUUUGAAACUACGUGUGCCUUCCUUUCCAAGGCUGCCCUCGUCUCUGACUCUGAUUUCUGUGAAUCUCCUUCAUCUCGUAUUGUUUUGGGUCAAGUUGUACGUGGUGGCACCGGUGCUUUUGAAAUCGUUGCUCCAUUAAAUUAA